UUUCCCUGAGAACGAAAAAUUUUUUCAAUUCAAUUUGUGUUUCUUUUUUUUAAUUGUUACAAUUAAUUCAAACUUCCCAACAAUUAAUAUUUACGAUGCAAGUGAAACUUAAAUCACCAGAGAAUCAAAAAACCAGAACGAUUAAGGAUUUUGUCUUCUUUCAACCCAAGGAUCCAUCAUUUCUUUUUGUGAUUGUCCAUUAAUUGGUUAAUAAUAAUUAACAAUUUAAUUUUGUUAUCUUAUCAUCUAUUUGGAAAAUCAAUCAACUUUACAAUUUAACAUAAUUUUCUAUUCUCUUUGUGGAAUAGAAACGAAACGUGUGAUUCUCCAUCUCUGUUAACUCACUUUUCUUUUUACUUCUCAUCAUCAUCAUUUUAAAACAACAAACAUCAUCAUCUUCACAUUUCGAAAGACUUGUUCAAAUCUUAAUCAUCAUUAACCAUCUUCAUCUUUCAUUAGACGCAAUUUCAAAGAAAUUAACAAGUUCAACCUUCUCUUGAUUUAAUUAUCAACUGCCCAACAAAAUAAAUCAGUUUUUUUUAUUACUUUCUAAUUAUUCACACUAUUACAACUACUACUUGUUAAUUGUUAAAUUAUAUCUCGUUAACUACUCUAAUUUAUCCAAUUGGUUAAUUGUUCUAUCCAUCAAUCUUUACAUCAACCAAUUUCCUUCAACAACAAUUUACUACCAGUGUGUUUUGUGUUAAUCAACGUUCACCUUAAAACUCACCUUUGGCCCUGUUGACCUGUUUUUUUACAGAACUAUAUGUUAUUAUUAUUAUAAGAAAUCAGAAAUUUAUUUAUCUUUUUCACCAAAAAUAGUUCAAAGGAUAUAAUUAUAUAUAAACCCUUAUAUAUAUAACCCAAAUUGUUAUAAUUUUAGGUACAACUUGUUAGCAUUUUAAAGUUGAUCUCAAAUUGAAACGUCAGUGAAGUUUUCAAUCAUCUUACCAAAAAAAAAAUCAAACCAUCAACAUUUUCAUCACAAUUAAUCAACACUAAUUAACCAGCAACAAAAAUGCACGUUGAGAUUCAAGUGGCACUCAACUUUUUGAUCUCCUUCCUCUACAAUAAGCUUCCCCGACGUCGUGUUAACCAAUUUGGUGAGGAGCUUGAAAAUGCCCUUAAACUGAAAUUUGAAGGCCAUUGGUACCCUGAGAAACCCUAUAAAGGGUCAGCGUUUCGGUGUCUCAAGACAACUCCACCAUUGGAUCCCGUAUUUGAAGUGGCUGCUCGUGAAAGUGGAAUGGAUCUGAUUGAUAUUCAAGAAAAUUUACCUCAAGAAUUAUCUAUUUGGAUUGAUCCUGGUGAAGUUUCUUACCGAAUGAGUGAGAAAGGUCCUGUUAAAAUACUCUACUCUGAAUCUGAUCGUCCUCAUGACAUGGAAAAUCCUGAUCGAGAGGUUAUUCGAACCUUCAACCCUGAGGCUCAGUGUUUCAAGCCAAUUGAAGCAACAUCGAUGGCUUUUGGUUCACUUUCACUAGUUUCUGGUUCAAGUUCACCGCCAUCUCUUCAACUAAUACCAAAUGGAUUCCCAAGCUCACAGGCUUCAAACGCUCCAUCAAAUGGACCUAAUACUUCAGUUUCAGCAGCUGCCGCCGCUGUAAUUGCUACUGUGGCUAAUGGUAAUGGAUCAAACGGAAGUGGAGGUAACUCACCCAACAAUGGUUCGGGUAACCUCAUCGCACCAGGUCAACCGGCAAUUCAUAAAUCAUUCACCUCCGGUUCAAUGGGUCCUUCCGGUUUUCUUCCCAAACCAGCAGCAUCCAACGUUACUUUUACCACGGCGACUUUUGCUCAAACAAAAUUUGGUUCAACUAAACUUAAAUCAAACACCAAACGAUCACACCGAAUGUCACCAACUGAGUUUUCCAAUUACAUUAAACAACGUGCUCUUCAGCAACAACAAGCUUCAGUUUCACCCAACGAUCGUGUUAACGGUGAUCGUGUUGGUCUUUCAUCCGGAAUGGUAAACGGUAUGCACAGUCCAUCAAACCUCAACUAUGUUCAUGGAUCACCAAAUGGAACCGGCUUAUCUUCAGGUAAUAUUUCACCUCAAAACUCUCGAUCCAUGUCCCCAAUUGGUGGUAAUGUACCAGGAAAUAACGGUAGCGCACUUGACUCUGUUUCUAACCUUCUCUUCAUGGGUAACCAUUCAGUUUGUACCACAGCAACAUCACCAAUUACCCACUCACCAUCCUCAUCACUUUCAUCAUUUUACACUGGUAAUCACGGUAACGGUAAUCUGGUUGGAAACUCUUCAAUGGGCCAUGGCUCUGUUAGUCCUCGGCAUCAUCCCUCUCAUUCAAACUCUCACCAUCACCAACCACCCACAUCACAUCAUUCUGGCCUCCCAUCUAGUCUCAAUGGUUUGUAUGGAUCAUCAUCUUCCAGCCAUAGUAUCGACUCUCAAUUGGCUGAUCUCUUAGGUUCAUCCAGUUUACUACCCAAAUCAACUUCCUCCUCAGUUGGCAAUGGAAAUACUUCACCAAUCUCCAAUAACAAUGUAUUCAACCGAUUCGCAUCUCUAUUUGAUAAAACUCCAGUCGUCGGAUCAACAUCAUCAAAUCCCUAUCUGUCCAACAACAGUGUCAACGUUACAAAUAAUUCAACUAACGGUGUUUCAAAUAUCAAUAAUAGUAACAUCACCUCAGUUUCAAGUAAUUCAACCGCUUCAAACAACCUUAUCAAUAUUAUCAACAGCAACAAUAACAACCUUCAUUCAAUUCUUAAUGGUGGUGAUGUUUCACCAAUCUCAUCUCAAGCUUACACAAGCAAUAACAUCCUUGGCUCAUCAGGUAUCCAUGUAAAUAGCUUAUAUGGUAAUACUGGACAUCAAACAUCAUCCAAUGAUCUAAUUUCAAACGGAUUAGGAUCAAACAUUAUCUCACCAUCAACCGUUUCCAUUGUCGAUUCAAUCUCAUCAGCGUCAUCAUCAUCAUCAUCAUCAUCAGUUAAUUCAGCUUCCAGCCCAGCUGCUACUUCCCCAAUAAUUGCUGUUCCCUCAUCUUGUUCAACAUCCCUUUCAGCUUCAUCCUCAGCCUCAUCAUCCCCAUCAUCUUCCUCCUCUUCAGUACCCUCAUCGUCAUCACCAGUUCCAGAAUCAACAACAUCCGCCUCCAAUUCAUCAGUCUCCUCCUCAUCAACAGCAGCAGCAGCAACAUCAAACAAAGGCUAUGACAAUUUCUCAUUCUCCUUAAAUGGAGUCUCCUAUCCUAAUCAAUACCAACACCUACUGGUUGCCAAUUAGGAGUAAGAAUUAACGAAAACGAAAAAAAAAACUAAAAAAAAAUAAACAAAAACACAGAGAAAUAUAUAUUAACAAACACCAAAACAAAAAAGAAAAUAACAAAAAAAAAAUAAGAGAUGAUAUAUUUAGUUAACAAUCAAAAUCUAAAACAAUUAAGAACAAAAUCUAAAAAAAAUAUUGAUAAAGUCUCGCAACGCACUCAGUGAAAAAAGAAAUGAUAAGAAGCAAAUCUUGUACGUGCACCCGAUAUAAGAUAUAUGAUGAAUUACUUUUGGAAAAGAAAGCAAACCUUUUUACCUCAAUCGAAAACAAAACAAACUCCCAUUGCCUUCCCAUCUCACUCCCAAUAUCAACUCCCAUUUUCAUCUCUCUCUCAAUUAGACUUUUAAAAGAAAAACGUUGCAGUGUCAAAGGCUAUGUUACCUUUGAAAUUUUCUCUCUAUUUCUAUCUCUUGUUAUCUGAUUUACUCUUGGAAAACCAAUCAAUCACAAACUGCUGAUGAUGGUGAGAUGAAUUAAAUCAAUGAUGAUGAGGAUGAACAGCAAGAUAAAAGUCGAGGUAAACAAAAAAAACAAAUAUAAACAUUUACUUUUAUCAGAUCUCUUGGUUUCUUUUUGUGUGAUUUUUUUGCAUACAUUAUAUUGCUACUAAUUAUUAUUAUUAUAUUACUAUUAAGACUUUAAAUUCACAUUUCGUUAGUGUUUUAAUAGUAAACAACUAUGACAAAAUUAAGAAACCUAAAUCAAAUCAAACUAACGAAAUGAUGAUUUUGAAAAUCGAAAAAAAAAAUCGCAAAAAAAGUUACCUCUUCUUUAAUUUCUUUACCUAUUCAUCCUCAUCUCAAACCCUUUUCUUUUUACAUUAAACACAAUACACCUAAUUAUUUACCAUAGAUAAUGAUAAUAUACCUGAGAAAAAAACGAGAAAAAAAAUGAACGAAAAAAAAUAUGAUAUUAUCAUUAUUAUAUAAAUUCUUAUGAUUACUAUUAAUUGUAUUUGACAGGGAGGUUUAAACCAUCUCAAUCUUUUUCUGUCCAAAUAAUUGUUGAUAAAAAUUCUGAAAAAGAGAAAUUUUUUUCUUGAUAAUGUUUUACACCCAAAUACACACACACACACAUACACGAAUGAUGAUAAUCAAUUUUAUCAUCAUUUCCUUUUCCUUUUUCAUUGAAAUUAUCUUCAUCUUUCUGUUAAAUUUCAUCACAAGAAAAACAAGUCAAACUCUCAUAAACAAAUACACAUAUAUUACGAUUAUAUAUGGAUAUUAUUGUAACAAUAAUAACAAGACGACGAUGAUGAUGAUGAUGAUAUGAUGAUAAUAAUAAUGAUAAUAAUCAAUUUAUCAAUAGUAGCGCUUAAAAAACGUGAAUUGCUGCCGAAUCCCCACCCACACAUGCAUAUAUAUUUAUUAAUAUGUAUCUACAGUGUGUGUAUCAAUUGUUUACCUACAUCUCUGUAAAUGUAUGUGUAUAACAACAAUAUAUUUAUAUUAUUAUUAUUGUUAAUUAUUAUUAUAUAAAUAGAUUUGAUGAUAACGACAGAAAAAAAAGAAACGUUUCUCUCUGGUAGAUUAACCUUGUUUUGUUUACAGUUUGUGACACAAAUUUGAAUACCAACAACCAAACAACAACAACAACAACAACAACAUACACACACCUCAAGAUCUUCAUCAUUAUUAUCUUUAUUCUUAUCCCUCCAAAUCUCUUCAUCUUCAUCUUCCUCAUCAUCUCUAUAAAUACGUAUCAUUAACUCCUUCUUUUGACUUAACACAUAGAGGAAAAGUCACUCCCAAGGCUUUGAUUUAUAAAUAAUUACAACUUUAUAUUUGUUACGAUUCUUAGUUACAAGUCUUUCUCUAUCUAUUUCUAUCUCUCUCUCUCUUUCAAUUUACUUUCUUGUCAUCAUCUUCUCUUUCUCCUUGAAAAAUCCUCUCUCUUUGGUGUCUCUCUCUCUCUCUCUCUCUCCUUCAUACUCUCAUGAGAAAUUCUUAAGGUGUUCAUCAUCCACAUCAUCAUCUUCAUCCUCAUUACUACUCUUCCAAAAAAAGCUCACAAGCUUGUAAACUGUCACCAUACAAAAAAAAAACACAACAACAACAACAACAACAAUUAUAAUCCCAGAGAAUCGUUUUGAUUAUAUUUCUAAUAAUUUGAUUAUUAUUAUUAUUAAUUUAAACGAUGAAUUCAAUUGAAUACACCUACACUUAUAUACAUACACAUACACCAUCUGAUUAACAUACACAACAUAAUAUUUAAAACACACAACAACAUCAACAUCAACAACAACAACAACCAAUGCAUAUAACCAAUGAUUGGAAAUCAACAAAAAAUAUAACUUAAUUUUUCACAUUUUACCUGGAUGAAGACAACAAAAGACACUUUCUUAAUCUAUGAUGAAAUCUUUUUCUUGUAAUCCUUUUUGCAUCUAAUACGUUACGAUGAAAUAUACAUUUUAAUUGUUUACCUAAAUCCCAAUCCUAAUCCCCGAAACCAUUAAUCCCUAAUCUCCUUUUUUUCUUAUUGUUAUUAUUACUUCUAAUUACUAUUUGAUGAAAAUGUUUUUCUUUUUCUUUUUUUGUUUAAAAUCCUCUAAUCCCAAUCAACUUCCUAAUGAUUUAUUCUGUUUAUCAAAUUAUCAAAUGAAACAACAACAAUUUUAUAUACACGAAAAAAACAAUUGAUAAUAGUGAGACCUCAACCCAACACAAUAAUAAUAUAAUAAUAAUAAUCCAAGAGAUAAACGUUUCUAAUGUCCGGUUAGAUUAACCAACUAACUUAAUACACUGAAAUGAAAACAAUGAUUGUAAAUGAUGAAGAUUAAGGAAGAGGAAAAGGAAAUGGAAAUGAUGUGAUGAGAAACAAAAAAUACUACGAAUUGAGUGAUUAAAAAAAGGUAUUAACAGUUAAUCAAGUUGGAAAAUUGUUGAUACCUAAUCUUAAGCUGCUUUCAAAUAUCACAAGUAACAUUUAACUUCCGUUAAUGUUGAUUGUAAUUACUGAUUAACUACCAUCAUCUGAAUCAUUUAUCCAUCACCAUGAUGAUAAAUUGAAUGAUUAAGAUGAUAAUCAAUCACAAACACACACAAUUCAUAGUCAAUUGAAACAAAAAAACUGCACUCACAUUGCAAAAAUCAUAUUAACGAUUUACUAUCACAAUUAAAUUGCCAUUAUAAUUAAUACAUUUGAUUAACAAUGUCAAAAACAGAGAGGGAGAGAGAGAGAGAGAGAGAGAGAGAGAGAGAUUUAAAAUCAAUGUGAAUAUUUAAAUUGUUGAUCCAAUUGAUUAAAUCUCAGUUAAUCCUCUUAAUAAUUAGGGGGAAAAUAUGAAAUUAUAUUUGUCUAGUUGAUCAAUCAAUUUGAUUAACAGUGUUUUUGAUUGUUGUUAAUUGAUGAUCAAUUUUGAUUUUUCAAUUAUUGUAAAUGAUUGAUGAAUUGAUUAACAAUUAAAAUGGUUUGAAAACAAAAGGUUAAUCACUGAACAAUUUAAUCAACAUGAAAACGAUAAAUUUUGUUUCAAUUUAAAUCUUCAUCUUGAUUAUUACAAUUAACUCUUAAUUAUUUUUGAUUUUGUUAUCAUUUUGAUUCUCUCUCUCUCUCAAUCUCUUUACACAAACAAUUAACUAUUGGGACAAUUAAAGUUAAUUUAGUUAAUUUUAUUGUAAAUAACUUUAAGUUUUUUAUUAAUGAUAUCUUAAUUACUACAAUUAACUAAUGAUAAUUAACAGUGUGGCCAACAUUUUAUUAACUAAAUUGUUAUUAUUAUUAUUAUUAUGAUUAUCACUGUUAACUGAUAAAUACAAUUUAGUAAUUGUUAUUUGUUACUGAUUAAUACAUGAAUUAAUUUAAUCAUCUCAACUGUUUAAUUUUUGAUUCAAUUGUUAAUUGUUGUUUAAAAAAACAUUGAAAACAAAGGUUUGAUUUUAACAAAUUUUAGUUUCUAUUAUUAUUAUAUUGAUUUGGGAAACGAAUUGAUUAAAUUAUAAAUGAUUAAUGAUAUGAUUUAAUUGUUGUUACUAAUCAAUGAAGUUAAUUGUUAUCUCUUGACGACACAAAACAAAAUUUGAUUAACUAAUUAAACGAUAUAAACAAUUAACUAAUUUCUGAAUAUUUAUCUCAUUAAAAACUAUCCUUGUGAUAAGAAAAUCAAACCAAACAAAUAAAUUUUAUGUUUCUAAUGAUAACUAAUUAGUUAAUUACAAUUAAAUCACCAAUUUAUAAUUUAAAUCUAAUUAACCUGACACUCACUUUCACACUCUAUGUAAAUUGUAAUUUAACUUAAAUUGUAUUUCAGUCAAUAAAAUCCAAUCAAA